UUUGUCUUAAUUAUACCAAUGCUCCACACAAUAUACAGUGCUUUGCUAGUGGAAAAUUUACUAACGGCAUUCUUUAACUUUACCAAAAAAAAAGUGGAUUAUGAGACUUUCAAAGCAGUUAAUGAUGCAUGCCUUGUCUAUGAUGGGAGGCUUGUGAUUGAUACCAACUUCCAUACUAAUGAUGUGAGCAUCAGGGCUGCAGGUCCUUUAACCAAAUUUUCCAAUAUAUACUAUGCUAAUGAAUGGACACACAGCAAUUUCAACUCAAAAGAGAUUGGUUUUCAGCUUGCUGCAGCCAUGCUGAAUCUUUUUGAUCCAACUCUAGAGCCAGUUUUUGAACCUUCAGAAGAUUUAGAUAGACUAAUUCCUAUGUACAAGGGAUGCAAAAUUAAAGGUGGUGUUCUACCUGGAAAAUAUAAUUAUCUGCAUGUUUUUAAACCUGGGAUUCCUGCCCGCUUGGAUGUACAAGAAUCACAACCUGAUUAUGUAAGUACUGCCCUAAGUAAUAAACAGUUGAGCCACUUUAAGGAACCUUGGGCCUUGGCCAUCUAUCACGAUCGUUUUAGUGAUCUGAAGAAGGAACUACGUCAGAUCUUAGUAUCUACCCAGGAAGAAGAAAUGCCUUCAAUGCAAGAACUUGUGCGUCAAAUUGUAGAAGGUGAAAUUUCAUUACUUGAAAGGCCAAAGACAUAUCUCAAACAAUGCUUUAGGCAAAGUAUAUGCAAUAACAUGGUACAAAAAAGCAUUCUCAAUUAUCUGAAUUAUAAUAAUUACCAUUUACCAAUGUUUGCCUGGCCAGGAAUAGUGUAA